GUCGGAACAGUUGAAUGCAUUGGUUCACAUCUGCUCAGUGUUGUCAAAUUACCUUGAGUCUAAGGAAAAUUUUGCCACUGAAUCCGUUUACGAUACAAUCGAAUACUUAGCACCCGAUCUGGAGUACACGAUUCAAUCAUGCUCAUGGAAACAGCAACGGAUUAAUUGUUCCAAGUUCAUAUCGCCAAUCCUAACAUCUAAAGGUCUUUGUUUCACAUUCAACGCACUAAGCUCACAUGAGAUCUAUAACAAAGAAAUGGCUCCGGGCAUAAUAAAACACACGAAUAAUCAUGGAAAUAUGUCAUUCUGGAACUUGGAAAAUGGAUAUAACGAAGAGUUUAUCGGAAACGAGUAUCCGAUGCGAGUUUCCCAUUUUGGUCAUGAAAGUGGCCUUGAAUUGACUCUUUCUACUCGGACAAGCGAUCGUAAUCCUAAAUGCCACUCACAUUCGAAAGGAUUCCAAAUUUUCUUAACGACACCAGGCGAUUCGCUAUACAACAUCAUUCCUUUUCAGAUCCAACCUUUAGCUGAUACACUCUAUGCGAUCGAACCCCGAUUAAGUUAUUCUCCGAAGAAACUGAGCAAAUAUCAAUCAAAGCAACGUCAAUGCUUCUUCGACUCUGAACGUCUAUUGCGCUUCUUCAAAUCUUACACGAAAGCAAAUUGCUUGCAUGAGUGUGUCGCCAAUUUCACAAUGAGAGAAUGUGGAUGUGUUCCGUUCUCUAUGCCAAGGGACAAAAGCACUAGAAUUUGUGGUGCGUCAAAAAUUAACUGUUAUGAAAAGGCCGUAAAGAAAUUCAGAAAAAAUUAUGGUGAACAAUAUCAUUGCAACUGUUUAGAAGCAUGCAUAGAUAAUUCAAGAGUGAUACGUUCAUCUGUCUGUACUUUUCCCGGUUUCCAUGCUAGUCGAACAAGAUUGGCCAUUUUCUUUGAGGACGAAUACAUUCAAACAAAAACUGCGGUUGAAACGUACACAAUGGGCGAUUUUUUGUCGAUUUGCGGUGGAUUACUUGGAUUAUUCUUGGGUGUCUCAGCAUUAAGCGUUAUUGAGUUAAUUUAUUAUGUCACUCUUCGUCUCUUCUGGACCAUUCGAUAUUCGAGAUAUGAAAAUACUGACACACCGUCUGAACAGACCAGUCACGAUGGUCAAACAGACAAAAAUAAGGGAAAACGAGAGGUUUAUCACUAA